AUGUGGUGGUUUCAGCAAGGCCUCUCUUUCUUGCCUGUGGCUUUGGUCGUUUGGUCGGCUGCCUCGUUUGUGUUUUCCUACAUCACAGCCAUCAUCCUGCACCACGUCGACCCACUGGUGCCCUACAUCAGUGACACAGGGACAAUACCUCCUGAAAGAUGCUUAUUUGGGAUCAUGUUAAAUAUUUCGGCUUUCUUGGGCAUGGCCACCAUGUAUGUCCGUUACAAACAAGUUUACGCUUUGAAUCCAGAUAAAUCCAGGAUCAUCAGGCUCAAUAAACUUGGCCUCACACUCGGGUGGAUGAGCUGUUUUGGACUUUGCAUUAUUGCAAAUUUCCAGAAAUGCAUUCUGUACUACAUACACGUGGCUGGAGCCUGCCUGACGUUUGGAGUAGGGGCCAUUUACAUGCUGGUUCAGACCAUCCUGUCCUACCUGAUGCAGCCAGAACUUCACAGCAAAGAGAUCUUUUGGAUCCGCCUGACUGCCUUCCUCUGGUGUUGCUCCAGCAUCGUGAGCAUGUUUGUUUCCUCAGUGGUCUUGUACAGUGGCCUGUAUGGAACAAAUCUAGUGCAGAAGUUGCACUGGAACCCACGGGAAGAAGGCUACACAGCUCACAUCAUCAGCACUGUCUCGGAGUGGUCGUUGGCAUUCUCCUUCCUCAGCUUUUUCCUCACCUAUAUCCGUGACUUUCAGAAGAUUUCCCUGCGGGCCAGCGUGAGCCUGCAGGGGCAGACCCUCUACAACACCCCGCGGGGCUUCGCCACCGACGAGCAGACGCUGCUGAUCGCCGGGAGCAUCUAA